AUGUCCGAUUGGAACGUCGACCCAGACAACAAACGGAAACUUCUUGCCCUCCAAAAGCUCGGCGCAAACAAAAAAUGUUUUGACUGUGCUGCCCCAAACCCUCAAUGGGCCUCUCCUAAGUUCGGUAUCUUUAUCUGUCUUGAAUGUGCCGGUAUUCACAGAGGUUUGGGUGUCCAUAUCUCAUUUGUUCGUUCUAUCACCAUGGAUCAAUUCAAGAAGGAUGAGCUUGUGAGAAUGGAGAAGGGAGGAAAUGAAAGAUUGGCUAAAUAUUUCGAAGAAAAUGGUAUUGACCCAGCAGGCACUGAUUUACCAAAAAAAUAUGACAAUGAGGCAGCAGAGGACUACAAAGACAUGUUGACUGCGGAUGUUGAAGGCAAGCCAUUUGUAAAACGUGAGCGCGAAGCCACGCCAGCAGUAAGUGGCACUAGUUCUCCGGCACCUGGGAACUCGCCUGGCACUUCUGCCAUUUCUUCUCGUCGUGGAACCCCGGGGCCAUCUGCACAAAAAGUGAAGAACGAAGCAUAUUUCGCUGAUUUAGGUGCCCGUAAUGAUCAAAGACCAGACCAUCUCCCUCCAUCGCAAGGCGGCAAGUAUGGAGGAUUUGGUAACACACCAGCUCCAAAUCCUCAAGGCCAAUCAUCGCUCGCUGGCCUCUCAAUAGAUAAUUUCCAACGUGAUCCUUUGGGUACUUUUAGUAAAGGGUGGGGUUUGUUCGCAUCAAGUGUCUCCAAAUCUAUCAAUGAAGUUAACGAAAGUGUGAUCAAACCAAAUAUUCAAAAUUUGCAGGAACGUGAUCUUGCCAAUGAUGCCAAGAAGGCAAUGACUCAGUUUGGCUCGAAAAUUCAAACAGGUGGCUUUACUGGGGGGGCUCAAGGACAGUCCUCGCAGUAUGGUAGAUUGUUUGAUGGCGUUAAUGAAGAAAAAUUUGGGUUCCAAGAUGAAGUUGAACCGGCCUUUGGUAUGAGUAAGCCAAAACAAAAAAGUAAUUUGCAAGGCUUGCGUGGAGGCUCAGAAAAGAAAACCUGGAAUGAAGAUAAAUGGGAUGAUUUUUAG